AUGGCUCGCCGUGGUUAUGAGGCCAUGGUAGUCUACCUCGAUGACUUUCUCAUCAUUGCUGAAAGCUACGCCACAUGCAGGAUUGCCCUAAACACACUCAUCAGCCUACUUCGCCGAUUAGGUUUCCGCAUUGCUUGGCGUAAGGUUAUGGGACCCACUCAAAAACUUACGUUUCUUGGUAUUGAAAUAAAUACCACCACGCUAACUUUGCGCCUGUUGACGCAAAAACUGAGUGAAUUGCAAGAGCUGCUGCUCAAGUUUUCUAAGAGAAAACGUGCUAAUCGCCGCCAGCUGGAGUCCCUUGAGGGUAAACUUGCAUGGGCAUGCAGAGUCAUAAAGGGAGGUAGAACUUUCCUCCGCUGCAUUCUAGACCAGCUAAACAAAUUGCGCUGCCCAUCGCAUAAGAUCAUUUUAUCUACUGAAUUUGCUGCCGACAUUCAAUGGUGGUUAAACUGCCUCCCUCAUUUUAAUGGCUCAACCAAAUUUAUUGACCCUCACCCUAUCACAGACAUACUUAUGGAUGCCUCCACGCAGGCAUCAGGUAUAUUCCAUAGAGGGGAUUGGCAGUACACUUUUUGGGGUCUUGAUAGGCCUGCCGCAAAAUCCCUUCAUAUCAAUCAUAAAGAAGUUCUUUCCAUUAUUUUAGCAGCUAGGAGAUGGGGCCCUAGAUGGCGAGACUGUACAGUGCAUGUAUUUACUGAUAGCACAGUCGCAAUGGCCAAUAUCAAUCAUGGUACAUCUCGCAACCCGCUAGUAAUGUCUGCUCUUCGGGAGUUAUUUUGGCUUUCAGUUUCUUACAAUUUUAAUAUACAUGCCAUACACAUCACAGGAACAAAAUGA